AUGACUGAUUCCAAAUAUUUCACGACGACCAAAAAGGGUGAAAUAUUUGAGUUGAAGUCGGAGCUGAACAGUGAGAAGAAGGAACGAAAAAAAGAGGCAGUGAAAAAGGUCAUAGCAUCUAUGACUGUCGGGAAAGAUGUCAGCUCUCUCUUUCCUGACGUUGUCAACUGCAUGCAGACAGACAAUUUAGAAUUGAAGAAAUUGGUCUACCUGUACCUUAUGAAUUAUGCAAAAAGCCAACCUGAUAUGGCGAUUUUGGCUGUCAAUACGUUUGUUAAGGACUGCGACGAUCCCAAUCCACUUAUCAGGGCACUAGCAGUUAGGACGAUGGGAUGUAUCAGGGUGGAUAAAAUAACUGAAUACCUCUGUGAACCUCUGAGAAAAUGCCUGAAGGAUGACGAUCCAUAUGUUAGGAAGACCACAGCCAUUUGUGUGGCUAAGUUGUAUGAUAUAAAUGCUCAGCUUGUUGAAGAUCAGGGCUUUCUUGAUACACUAAGAGAUCUUAUUUCUGAUUCAAAUCCUAUGGUAGUGGCUAAUGCAGUAGCUGCCAUAACGGAGAUCAUGGAAAACCCAAACAACACCUCACACAUAAUUGAAUUCAACACACAGACAAUCAACAAGUUAUUGACAGCUCUUAAUGAAUGCACUGAGUGGGGCCAGGUAUUCAUUCUUGAUGCCAUUUCAAGUUAUGAGGCUAGAGACGAGAGGGAAGCUCAGAGCAUUUGUGAGAGAGUUGCACCUAGAUUGGCUCACGCAAAUUCAGCUGUUGUUCUUUCUGCUAUCAAGGUGAUAAUGAAGUUGAUGGAGAUGAUGGACCCGGGCAGUGACAUGUCAGUCAUGCUCAUCAGGAAGUUAGCUCCGCCCCUGGUUACUCUUCUGUCAGCUGAAGCUGAGAUUCAAUAUGUAGCGCUUCGCAAUAUUAAUUUAAUCGUUCAGAAAAAGCCAGAAAUCUUGAAGAAUGAAAUGAAAGUAUUCUUUGUUAAGUACAAUGACCCCAUAUAUGUCAAGUUAGAAAAGUUAGACAUCAUGAUCAGACUGACCAGCCACUCUAACAUUGCUCAGGUUCUCGCUGAGCUCAAAGAGUACGCCACAGAAGUGGAUGUUGACUUUGUCCGAAAGUCUGUGAGAGCCAUUGGCAGGUGCGCCAUCAAGGUGGAACAAGCAGCCGAACGAUGUGUCGCCACUCUGCUUGAGCUCAUCCAAUCAAAAGUUAACUAUGUCGUACAGGAAGCAAUCAUCGUCAUCAAGGAUAUCUUUAGGAAGUACCCCAACAAAUAUGAAGGAAUCAUAUCGACAUUGUGUGAGAACUUGGAUACUUUGGACGAACCUGAAGCUAGAGCUUCAAUGAUAUGGAUAAUCGGGGAGUAUGCUGAACGAAUCGACAAUGCAGACGAUUUGCUGGAGAGUUUUAUUGAGGGAUUUCAUGACGAGAACACUCAUGUCCAACUUCAACUUUUGACGGCCACUGUCAAACUCUUCCUCAAAAGACCGUCUAAUACCCAGGAGUUGGUACAGCAGAUUUUAAGUUUGGCUACUCAGGACAGUGACAAUCCUGAUCUGAGGGACAGAGGCUACAUCUACUGGAGGCUACUCUCGGCCGAUCCGGCAGCUGCGAAGGAGGUGGUCUUGGCCGAGAAACCCUUGAUCUCCGAGGAGACCGACCUCAUAGAAGGCUCCUUACUUGAUGAGCUCAUUUGCCAUAUUUCCAGCUUGGCGUCUGUCUACCAUAAGCCUCCCAACACGUUUGCCGAGGGUCGGAAUGGUGGGGUUGGGUUCAAGAGGUCCCUGCCUGCCAGGUACAACUCUCAAGACGACAGUCCAACGCAGGAUAUGACGUCAUCGAACGCUGCGAACAACUACAACAACCAACAGCAGCAACAACAACAGAUGGCUAAUGUACAUUCUGAUAACUUAAUUGGAGACCUUCUGGACAUAAACAACUCCAAUAAUAGCUACAUUCCACCCAAUCAACAACAGCAACAACAACACAUAAGUGAUAAUAUCCUUGACCUACUUGGAGAUCUUGGUACUCCUACGCUGAUCAACCAAUCUCCAUCCAUCCAUCCAUCAUUCAUUCCCGGCUUGGAAACGUUUCAAUCAUUGCCAGCCAGCAGCCAAACUCUAUCGUUAUUAAUUAUUAUUUCCAAUUUAUUCCAGGUAUGGUUAACAGUAAGCAAGGGUAAAGGAUUGGAAAUAAGUGGGAGUUUCGCCCGAAGGAAUGAGAUAAUUAGCAUGGAUAUGACGUUCAAUAAUCAAUCCAGUCAACCUCUACAUGGAUUUGCCAUUCAGCUGAAUAAGAACAGUUUUGGGAUAGUACCCUCCCAGCAAAUCAACAUCUCCAACCCUUUGGCCCCCUCUCAAUCCACAUCAAUAUCUCUCCCACUGAACACCAACGGUCCUAUGCAGCAGAUGAAUCCACUGAAUAACCUUCAAGUUGCCAUAAAAACGAACGUCGAAGUUUUGUAUUUCAGCUGUUUGUAUCCGAUACACAUUUUAUUCACUGAAGAUGGCAGAAUGGACAAGAGGACGUAUCUGGCUACUUGGAAGGAAAUACCGGUAAGUGAUGAGGUUCACCAUGAAGUCGAUGGGGGAAUGCUUCUAACGUCUGAUAAAAUACAAGAGAAGUUAGAACGCGCAAACGUUUUCACUGUAGCAAGGAGGAAUGUAGACCAACAGGAAAUGCUCUACCAGUCUAUCAAACUGACCAAUCAGGUCUGGGUUCUCAUCGAGGUCAAGGUCGUCGCUGGGGUCAUCAAUGUAUCAAUAAAAUCACGAGCUACGGAAGUUUAUCCAUAUAUCCAACAAUCCUUUGAUAUCAUCUUGAAAGCUUGAUACUCUGAACAUUACCACUGUAGUUGAUACUAUAGGAUUGAACACUAUACUGCAAUGAUCACAGUACGAAUGAUAGUGCUUCUACUACUUGUGAAUGAUACCGUUGAAUCAUCAUGAUACUAUCGAUAAUGAUAUUAUAAAUAAUACUAAAAUAUAGAUACGAACGUACGUUGUAUGUAGAUUAGAUAUGUGUAAUGUCUGUAUUGCUCAGACAUUAAUGUCUGUAAUGUCAUACUCCAAAUCGAUCGAAAACUUAACCUGUCGUUUUUGUAGAAUCAAAUGUUCAUUUCAAACAAAUCUCUCUAAUUCUUGCUUUGAAAAGAGAGAGAGAGAGAGUUAAUUUUUCCCGAUUUGAAUAACUGUUUAUAUUAUUCACUUAUACAUAUACGUGCCCAAGUGUAUGUGUUAAUAAUAUUCAUUGCAUGUGUGUAUAUUUACGCGUGUACGCUUAGACGAUGUGGAAAUGAUUCGGAGGAUUGGCGCAUCUCAUGAUUGAAAUAUUAUCGCAAACAAAAUCAGUGCCACGCGCGAAAAAGUUAUUUCCGCAAUUUUUGUAGAUGUAUCAAUCGAUACAUACAUACGUACACACAUAUAUAUUGUGUGUGUGUAUCCAUGGCUGUAUCAUUUAAAACACUGGAAAAUGAACAAGUACCAGUUAGUGAAUAAAAAAUUUGUGUUUUUCGUUGCGAUAUCAACACAUAAAAUCUAUUAUAUUUAAAAAAUUAUUUGUAAAGUAGCAUCUCCAUUAUAAAAAGGUGGUGAUAUUGUUAUAUUAAUGGUUGAUGGACGAAAUUGGUAGCAACGAUGAUACUCGGAGUCUUUGAUUGAAAUAAUAGUAAUGAUGUUAACAGAGUCGACGACGAUGAUGAUGAUAGUACUGAUGGAGAUGACGUCAUCAUCAUUUGAUUGACGCUUCGAACUGAACCAGUCUGGCAGUGACGUCGGCGGGCAUUCUGUAGGGCAUGGAGCCACAAAAGGACACCAGACAAUGCAUCUCGUAUCUGUACCUCCUC